AUGGCUUCAUCUUCUACCUCCAAAUCUUCCUCGUCUUUGCCGUGCCUCGUCUUCCUCAUCCUCUUCUUCGCUGCUGGGCAGGUGGAGAGCCGACCACCGCCACUGAGAUCAGAUGGCCAGAUUCUGCGAGACCUAUUUGGCACGAAGAUCUCUGCUCUCCUACAGGCUCGCCCAGAGGUCACUGAGGGGUCAGCAUACAGCCCCACACUUUCACCCAAUGGCGGACACGGUCCAUCUCAGAGUGUUGUUCCGCAACACCCCGUGCCACACCACUUCCUGAAGUUCCUAAGUCAUCAGACGAAGUUCAACGGGCGGAGUAGGAAAUCAUCAGCGCGUGGCUGUUUUGGCUUGAAGAUGGACCGCAUUGGAAUCAUGAGUGGAUUGGGCUGCUGA